AUGGCGAACGGCUGGGCACCAAUCAUCGGCCUCAUCGUCACCGUCAUCUUCUGCGGCGCCGCCUGGUUCCUAGCUCCCAAAGGCGAGAACCAAACGUACGUUCCCACCAUCUCUUCGUCCAGCACAAAGUCACCACCCAAAUCACCACCCGCACCCCCAAAGCCGUGUCUGCGCGACGAGAAUGAGAACGCGCGAGAGAAGCUGCUAGCCGUGUGCAAGAAGCGCGGCGCUGGCGAUGGGAGACGAGUUCGUUUCAGCAAUGAGCAUGAGACGAGUCAGGAUAUGGAUGUCAACAUCAACGACAGCGACAGCGAGCUAAGACGCGCAUUUUGA